AUGGGGCCUAUUCGCUGCUUUUUCCAUUUUUGUGGUUAUUCCAUAUCUAGAUGGCCUUUCUGUUUUGGUUUGAUUAGUCUGGUUGUUGUAAUUAUUCUUUCAACUGGAAUGGUUUGGAUACAAAUAAAAGAUAGAAUAAGGGACGGAUAUACACCAGAAAAUUCUCCUUCAAGACUAGAGAAUGAAGCAAUGCGUAGAUUUUGGAAUUCUUAUGGUGAUCCAAUGAAAGCACAAUUAAUGAUUCGUUCUAAAAUUCCCGAACAAAACAUGUUAUCUUUACAACAUUUAAAUGAAGCAAUUAAAUUAAUGAAUUUUUUAAUUUGGGAAUUUAAAUAUUCUGAAAAUAAAAAGAAUCAGAAUUUAACUAAAAUAUUUACUUAUUCUGAUAUUUGUUCUCCUUAUUGUGAAUUUAAUUUUGGAUUGGAACUUUUUGUGGAUGCUUUUACCCAAACAAUUGCCAGUUUAAAAGAAGAAAAUGAAAAUUUAAAUCAAAAUUUAUCUUUUCCAAUAUCAACAAUUCAUUCACUUGAUAUUCAUUUAGAUUUAUUCUUUUUUGGUGUUAAAUUGAAAGAAGAAAAUAAUGAAGAAACAAAUAAAUAUAAUAUAGAACAAAAAAUUACAAAUAUGGAAAGAAUUGAAAUGGUUCUAAUUAGAUUUCAAUCAGCCCGUUCUAGCCCUGAACGUACUCGUCAAUUAAUUAUUUGGGAAUUGGGUGUUUUUGAUUUUUUACAAAAUAAAUUUAAAAGUGAUAUUAUUGAUGCUCAGAUUAUUGGGGUUGAAAUUCUGGAAAGUGAAAUGACCCGUGAUCAUCAAGAUAAUGUCAAGUAUUUUGCUCUAGGUCUUUUAGCUAUUGCAGUUUUUGUUGGAAUUAAUGUUUUUGGAACUUCUGCAGUUUUGGGAAAUUUUGAUUUUGGUAAAACUUUUAUUGCCAUUGCUACAAUUCUCUGUCCAAUGCUAGCCAUCGGCUCCACUUUCGGAAUUUUAUCAAUUUUUGGAAUUCGAAUAAAUUCUUUUCUUUUAAUCCUUCCUUAUUUAAUUCUCGGAAUUGGCGUGGAUGAUGGAUUUCUUUUAAUGCUUAGAUGGUUCCAAUUGGCAAAACACAUUGUUGAACCGAGAAAAAGAUUAAAAUUUGUAAUUAAAGAAAUGGGGCCUUCAAUUACUGUUACUACUUUAACUAAUGUUAUUUCUUUUGGUGUUGGGGCUUUUACACCUACUCCUGAAAUUCGUCUCUUUUGUUUCGGAACAGCAAUAGCACUAACAUUUGAUUAUAUUUUACAAUUAACACUUUUUUGUCCGAUAAUGCUUUUCUCUGCUAAAUUUGAAAAUUCUUCUUCAAUUAAAAAACAACCAAAAGUUGAUUUAAUAAUUAGUGAAAAUAAAAUGUCUGCAGUAAUUAGAAAACGAAAAUAUUCGCCUUUUGAGGCUAAUAAUAAUGAUAAAAUAAAUGGAUGGAUUUAUAAAAAAUUGAAUAAAAUUAUUAAAUUAUAUAUUUAUUUGUUAAAUACAAGGUAGGUAAUUGUGAAUAUUUUUGAAAUAUUUUUUAACUUAAAAUAAUUAAAGUAUGUUGUUAAAGUUAAGUUUCUUUUCUUAUUCCCUUAUUAAUUGUUUUGAUUUUAUUAACAUGAGUUCACUUGCUUUUCGGUUCAUCCGCUUUCGGUUUUGGUCUUAUCCAAAUACCCGUGUUUAUUUAUUCAGACAUCCUCCUCAAAAUAGUUUUGC